AUGGCAAUAUUGACGAAAGGUUCUUUAGACAUUAUUGGUGAUUCAACAAAUGGGUUAACUAGUCUACAAUUUAGUUCUACUACAACAAUCACAAACAGUGGUAACAUUAACAUCGAAAAUAUUAAAUCAGCAGGUUCUGCUAGUGAUUUUGUUAUUGCACCUGCAAAUAUUGACAACCCCGGUACAUUCACUGUUUCACAAUUAAAUGCUGCUGCUACUAUACCAGGCACCAAUUUUACUUUAGCUCCAACUGGUUCCUUCAUUAAUACAGGCACUAUUGACUAUGAUAUAGCUGAUAAAGGUGGUACCACAAAUGGAUUCCUUUAUCUUGGUGCUAUUACCAAUAAUGGUGUUAUUAAGUCUGGUGGAUUUUCUUCAUUAACAGCUGAUGGAUUUUAUGGCACUCCUAGUAGAUACAAUAUAAGAGGUAUCAUUUUCAAUAACGCUCUCGAAGGUCAAGGUAAAGUUAUUGAUAAUACGGGAGCUAUGAUCCUCCUUAAUAUGAACACUCUUGGAAAACAGACUUUCAAUAUCAAUCAAGCUUUAUAUUUGAUUAAUCCAAAAGUUGUGCCGGAAUCACUUAAAAUUGAGAAUUAUGUCGAGUCAUCGUUUGUUUUCUUAGGUGUAGAUUUUAACACGUGGAAUGCAAACAAUCUUGGCAGACUGGAAAAUGAGCCACAACUUAAUUUUGGGAUAGAUGGGCAUCGUUACUGGUUGAACAUGACUUGGCCAGGUGGUUGGGAUACGCAACAGGGCGGUUUUUAUGUUGUUCCAAAUUUUCCUGAGUAUCACAUUGAUGGUACCCUUGUAUACAUAGUUAGUCAAAACGAAGAUUGGUGUCCAUGGUUAUUUACACCAAUCACAAAGACAACAACAAUUACUACUAUGGAUUCUAUUACCGAAGCUACCACUAUUUUAACUGUAUACACAUCUACAACUAAUCAAUAUUCAUAUACUGUAUCCGAAAUCAUCUAUCAAGUUACUGUUCCUCCAUUAUCUACUACCUACAGUACUCUCACUACAUCGAUUUCUUCUCCUAUAACAUCGACGUAUACCACAACUAUUACUAAUGCAGCUGGUUCUACCACUGAAGAAGUUGUAGUUAUCGUUCAAACACCUCCAUUAUCUACAGCCUACACUACUACUAUUAGCGAUGUCACAACCCUAACAACUUCCACCUACACCACCACAGUCACUGAUAGCAAUGGAUCUUCCCAUGCUGAGGUUGUUGUGGUAGUGAUUACCCCGUCCCCAUCCACCUUGCUUACUACUACUACUGCUGAUGUUACAGCCUUAACCACAUCUACCUUCACAACUGUAGUUGCCAACAGCAACGGUUCAUCUUCUACUGAAGUUGUUGUUGUUGUGAUCACCCCAGCUCCAUCUACCUUAUCUACCACCACCACUGGUGCAGUCAGUGUCCCAACUACUUCUACUUUCACAACUGUAGUCACCAACAGCGACGGCUCUUCCUCUGCAGAGGUUGUUGUUAUUGUGAUCACUCCUGCCCCAUCCACCAUGUUUACUACUACCGCUGGUGAUGUCUCUACCUUAACUACAUCUACCUUCACCACCGCAGUCACCGAUAGUAAUGGUUCUUCCUCUACUGAAGUUGUUGUAGUUAUCAUUACUCCACACCCAUCUGGUUCUAUCAUCUCAACUACCACUACUGGUGAUGUCACAGCCCUAACCACAUCUACCUACACGACUUUUGUCACUGACAGCGACGGCUCUUCCUCUACAGAAGUUGUUGUUGUUGUGAUCACUCCACAUCUAUCUGUGUUAUUCACUACUACUACUGGUGAUGUCACAGCCCCAACCACAUCUACCUACAUGACUGUUGUCACUAAUAGUAAUGGUUUUUCUUCUACUGGGGUAGUUGUUGUUGUGAUCACUCCAUUACCAGUCAGCAGCUUUAUCAGAUCCUCAAUUUCUAUAUCUUCUCCACUAUAUGAAAAUUCCACUAUUUCUGGUGAAAAGACUGAAUCUACUGUGACUGGCACUCUAGUUGUUUUGACUACAGUUGUUAAUGGAGUUACUAUGACUACAACUUAUUCUCCAGAACCAUCCGCAACUUCCAAAAUAAAUAUGAUUACUAUCAUUGGACAUAGUUCUAUUGAAUCAGUUUAUUCGAAAAACCAACAAGAAGAGACCAACUCAUCUUCUGUUGUUUCCAAUGCAACUCCAGUUGUUUCUAUUGUUUCCACCACCACUGGUUCAGCAUUUACUAACAACGAAAAUUACUAA